GAAUCUAUAAAACCAAUCGAGACGCGAGAGAUCGAAGACGAGACUUUGGCCCCAUAUCGGAAACAGGGAAAGAUUUCUUUUAGGUGCGCACAAGACGCGAACAGUUGACUUGCGAGGUAAGAAGGCUGGUACGUCUGUGUGGUAGAUUUAUAAUGAACAAUAUGUGACGGCAAGGAGAGUUAUAAACGUUAACAUGUCUGGAAAGUCAAGAAAUUCAAAGCCGGCGGAUAUAAAGAUACAUGGUACAAAGUUGGUCAACACCAUCACAACCACCACUACCAACAACAACAACAGCUACGUGAUCAACGAUGAUGAUAGAGAUAGUGUUGGUAGUCAACCACACACACCAUCAAGCGACACCGUGGAGCAGGUGAUGAGCAUCAACCGACGUCUGGUGACCCAGAUCGAGACGCUGAGGUUGAAGGUGGAGGUGGACACCAACAACCACGAGCGGUCCAAGAACACCCUCAUCAACAGCACCAACAGCGAGCUCCAGGUCAGGCAGGCGGAGAUUGACGAACUCAAGACGGAUCUGGCGGAGAGGGAGGAGAGUGCCAAGAAACUGGUGGAGGAGAACGCCAAGAAAGAUAUUGAGAUACAGAACCUGCAGCAGCAGUUGGACGAGCUGAAGGAGGAUGUUGCGGUGUCCAAGGAAUACGCUCAGGAGAUUCAGAGGCAACUGGACCAGCUGACCUUAGAUAAAACGGAACUGGAAUGUGGGACAGUGUACAGGGAGAAAGAUGAGCACAUAAACAGACUACAGAAGGAGGUGACCUCCCUUAAGGAACAUCUAGCGACUCUAGACAAAGAGCUGUCGAUCGCGAAAGAGAAGAUAACCCAACAAGGGGCAAAACUCAGGUUUGCAGAACUUGACAGGGGAAACGAGAAGGUCAAGUUCAAAGAAGAACUGGCUAAGGCCUCCCAGAGCAUGCGCAUGGAGGUGGAGAAACUCAGGGAGGUGAUGAGGAAGCAAUGGGAGGAGAUGAGAGAACUGAGGCAACAGAAUGAGGGCAUGAGGAGCGACAUCAAGGAGAUCCGCGAGCUGUUGCGUGGGGUGCAGCCGGCUGACCAGAGCGGGGCCCUGCCGGGUGACCAAACCCCCCACAAGUACGGUCCGUCCCUGCCAGCGCUGGCGGGGAACGCGAGGAGGAAGAAGUAGAAGAUGUGUACAAGAUGGGGUGUGUACUUGGUAACAUGAAGAUAGUGUGUACUGUGUGUGCGGUGU